AUGCCUGGUGGAGCAGUCAUCUCUGGGCCGGUCGACACCAUGGUUGUCGAGGCCCCGGUCACGUUCAAGGCCUACCUGAUGUGCGCCUUUGCUGCCUUUGGUGGUAUCUUCUUCGGUUAUGACUCAGGUUACAUCAAUGGUGUUCUCGGCAUGGAUUACUUCCUCCAUGAGUUCUUUGGUGAAGACGCCACCUCUAUUCCUGCCUCUCGAAAGUCGCUCAUCGUUUCCAUUCUCUCCGCUGGAACCUUCUUUGGUGCCCUCAUCGCUGGUGAUCUGGCUGAUUGGUUUGGUCGUCGGAUUACUAUCAUCUCUGGCUGCGCCAUUUUCAUCGUUGGUGUCGUUUUGCAGACCGCUUCUGUCAGCGUUGGACUUCUUGUUGCCGGUCGUCUCAUUUCCGGUUUCGGUAUUGGAUUUGUCUCCGCUAUCAUCAUUCUCUACAUGUCUGAGAUUGCACCCCGCAAGGUCCGUGGUGCCAUUGUCUCGGGUUACCAGUUCUGCAUCACCAUCGGUUUGAUGCUGGCUUCUUGUGUGAACUAUGGCACCCAGGAGCGUACAGACAGUGGGUCGUACCGGAUCCCCAUUGCCCUCCAAAUGCUCUGGGCUCUCAUUUUGGCCUUGGGGUUGUUUAUGUUGCCCGAGUCGCCUCGAUUCUUCAUCCGCAAGGGCCAAAAGGAUAAGGCUCGCACUGUGCUGGCUCGUAUCCGUGGCCAGCCCGAGGAUUCGGAAUUUGUCGAGCGCGAACUGAAUGAGAUCGACGCCAACAAUCAGUACGAAAUGAUGGCAAUUCCCCAGGGUGGAUACUGGACCACCUGGUUCAGCUGCUUCACCGGAAGCCUCUGGCACCCUAACAGCAACCUUCGUCGUACUAUCCUGGGUACCUCUCUGCAGAUGAUGCAACAAUGGACUGGUGUGAACUUCAUUUUCUACUACGGAACCACCUUCUUCCAGGAUCUCAAGACAAUUGAUGAUCCUUUCCUGAUCAGCAUGAUCACUACGAUCGUCAAUGUCUUCUCUACUCCCAUCUCCUUCUACACCAUUGAGAAAUUCGGACGUCGCCCUUUGCUUCUUUGGGGUGCCCUGGGUAUGGUUGUGUGUCAGUUCAUUGUCGCCAUUGUUGGUGUCACCACCGAUUCGCAGAACAAGAGUGCUGUCAGUUCAAUGAUCGCAUUCAUUUGCAUCUACAUCUUUUUCUUUGCUAGCACUUGGGGCCCCGGUGCUUGGGUCGUCAUCGGUGAAAUCUUCCCUCUGCCCAUCCGGUCCCGCGGUGUUGCCCUCUCCACCGCGUCCAACUGGCUCUGGAACUGCAUCAUCGCAGUCAUCACUCCUUACAUGACUGAGGCCGACAAAGGUAACCUUGGUCCCAAGGUGUUCUUCAUCUGGGGUUCUCUGUGUACCUGUGCCUUUAUCUACACCUACUUCCUCAUUCCCGAGACCAAGGGUUUGACCCUUGAGCAGGUUGACAAGAUGAUGGAAGAGACUACUCCUCGCACUUCCGCUAAGUGGAAGCCUCACACCACCUUUGCUGCCGAGAUUGGAUUGGAGGAGAAGGCUGCUCAGGCACCCAGCGUGACCCAGCAGGAGGUCUAA